AUGUCCGACUUACCUCAACAACCACCAGAAAGUCGAGGCAGAGACUUCGCACCCAUCAGCAGUCCUGCAGUCACUAGAACACACACCAAUGGCUCUAGAAGGAUUCAUCAUACAGACACCCACCUCUCACAUAAAGAGACCCGGGAUCCAAACCUCGAUGUCAACCUCCCCUAUCGGACCCUGAGUAAUGGUGCAAAUUUGGACGAAUACACAUCCGAGAGACCUACAGGAGAGAUUGAUGGGAAGCUCGAACCAGAUGGACAGCACCACUACAAGCUUGUCACCUUCACACCCAACGAUCCCGAGAACCCCAAGAACUGGUCAAAAGCGUUUAAAUGGUACUGCACAAUGGUUGUCGCCACAACCUGCUUCGUAGUAGCCUUCUCGUCCUCAGUCGUUACAGCCGAUAUGGCUGGAGUAGAAAAGGAAUUCGACGUGGUGGAAGAAAUCGCCCUCAUCAGCAUAUCCAUCUUCGUUGUCGGAUUUGGUCUUGGCCCCAUGGUCUUCGCCCCCCUUUCUGAAGUCCUCGGUCGCCGCAUAAUAUACGCCACCACCCUCCUCCUUGCGGUAAUCUUCAUCAUACCCUGCGCCGUAGCCCCCAACAUCCAAACCCUCCUCGUCUGCCGUGCCAUCGACGGCAUUGCCUUCAGCGCCCCCAUGACCCUCGUCGGCGGCACACUCGCCGAUCUCUGGAAGACCGAAGAACGCGGCGUUCCCAUGGCCGCCUUCUCAGCUGCGCCUUUUAUCGGCCCUGCAAUCGGUCCCUUGAUCGGUGGGUUUUUGUCUGAUGCUGCCGGCUGGCGCUGGUUGUACUGGAUCCAGCUUAUCUUCGCCGGCGUCGUGUAUAUCCUCAUCACAUUCACAGUUCCCGAGACCUACGCCCCGACCAUCCUGGCGAAGCGUGCAAAGAAGCUCCGCGAAACAACCGGCGAGAGCGACCACGUUACAGAGCAGGAUCUCGAUAUGCGGCCUUUCAGCGAGCGCCUGCGCAUUUUCUUAAUUAGACCGUUCCAGCUUCUGUUUGGGGAACCUAUCGUGUUCUUGGUUUCGGUGUACAUGAGUGUUCUAUACGGACUGCUUUAUAUGUUCUUCGUUGCAUUCCCCAUUGUCUAUCAAGGCGGUAAAGGCUAUUCCGCCGGAAUCACGGGCUUGAUGUUCAUUCCUCUCGCUCUGGGAGUUCUCGCAUCGGCAGCCUGUGCUCCGAUGGUCAACAAACAUUACAUGUCGCUAGUUAAGAAACACAACGGAUCCCCGCCUGCCGAGGUUAGGUUGAUUCCCAUGAUGAUCAGCUGCUGGUGCAUCCCCAUUGGCCUCUUUAUCUUCGCCUGGUCCUCGUACCCAGAUCUCAACUGGGCCGGCCCUGCAAUCGGCGGCUUCCCCGUCGGCUUCGGAUUCAUCUUCCUCUACAACAGCGCCAACAACUACCUCGUCGACUCGUACCAGCACCUGGCAGCUUCAGCGCUCGCGGCCAAGACAUUCCUGCGGAGUUUCUGGGGUGCUGCUGUCGUGCUUUUUACGGCGCAGAUGUACAAGAGACUGGGCUACCAAUGGGCAAGUUCGUUGCUGGGCUUUAUCAGUCUGGCGUGUUGUGGUAUCCCGUACAUCUUUUACUUCUACGGAGCGCGCAUCAGACAACGCUCGAAAUUUGCCUUCAGCGAACCUACCAAAGAUAUCGAGACGGGCGGGAGUAGUGGGGAGGGGAGGGCUAGCGAGUCGGAACUUGAGAGGGCGAGAAGUUACGUCAGUGUGCCCUGA